UUCAAUGAUAUAUUCCAGUAAACUACUUAACCAGUAAAAGCAAAGUUUUGUGUCUUUCUAGCAAGUUUGAUAAAUGGAAAUUAAUUAUUUUGAAUACAACAAGGAAGUAGUUGAGAUUUGGUUUAAUAACGAUGACCUACGAGGUUAUUCAUUUAUAUGUUCUGCUGUAAUGAGGGAAACUAUGGCAAGCUACAUGGAUUUCAUUUGGAAAAAAAUCAGUUUAUACAUUUAUUUAUUUAUAAAAUUUGUUCAGUGUCUAUACAGAAAUUCCAAGGAAGAAAUAUCAAACAGUCUUCUUUGUUUAAAUGGAAAAACAGCUAUUGUAACAGGUGGAAAUUCAGGUAUUGGAUAUGCAACAUCGAUGUUAUUAGCUUCCAGAGGUUGCAGAGUCAUCAUAGCAUGUAGAAGGAACGCUGUGAAAGAAAGGGAUGAAAUAAUAAAACGUACAAACAAUCCCAACAUUGAGAUCAAAUAUUUAGACUUGAACCGAUUUGCAUCGGUUCGAAAGUUUGCUGAAGAGAUCAAAACCGAGGAGUCGAAGAUAGACUAUUUGGUCAACAAUGCAGGUAUUGGCUACACUGAGGAUAAGACAACUGAUGAUGGCCUUGAUCCUGUGAUGCAGUGCAAUUAUUUUGGACAUUUUCUGUUGACACAUCUGCUCAUAGAUCUCUUGAAGGCAUCAGAAGGAGCAAGAAUCGUUUUCUUGAGCUCAACUGCGGCGUUCAUAAACAAUUUGACCGUAGAACGUUUACAUCCAUGGAAAAACCAAGUUUUGGGAUGCCACGUUAGCAGUUACGUCCAUUCUAAGGCAUGCAACAUAGCGGUUGCCGAACAAAUGCAUAAGAAAUUGGAAAAAUUUGGAAUCGUAACCACUGUUGUUGAUCCAGGGUCAGUCAAUACUCCAAUUUUCGAUACCUUUUUGAAAGGAUCCGAUACAGAAGCCACUCUUCUAAGGUUUUUGUUUCAUCCAUUAGGAAUAUUUCUGUAUAAGGACCCUAGAAUAGCUGCUGAAUCAAUUCUUCAUGUCCUAACUAGUGAAGAUGUUAAAGGGGGAGACCUUUACUUCCGAUGUAAACCCUUCCACAAGCCAAGGAACCUCGAUAACAAAAUUUUAAUGGAAGAUAUCUGGAAGGAAACAGAAAAAUUAGUUGGGUUACGACCUGAUGAGAAACUUAAAAUGAUGGAUGUACUAAAGAAGCUCAUCGAAAACAUUUGGACUAUCAUCAGCAUCCUCAUUUAUUUAUUUGAAUGGAGCAUAAGGUGGCUCUGCAGAAAUUGGAGAGGGGGAAUAUCGAAAAGUGCUAUUUGUUUGAGUGGAAAAACAGCUAUUAUCACUGGUGGAAACUCAGGUAUUGGUUAUGCAACAUCGAUGUUGUUGGCUUCCAGAGGUUGCAGAGUCAUUAUAGCAUGUAGGAGAAAAGCUGAGAAAGAAAGAGAUGAAAUAAUAAAACAAACAAACAAUCCAAAUAUAACAGUGAAAUAUUUGGACCUUAGUCGAUUCACAUCAGUAAGAAAAUUUGCGGAAGAGAUAAAAAACGAGGAGACAAAAAUAGAUAUUUUGAUCAACAAUGCUGGUAUCGGCUACAGUCAAAAUAUGACCAGUGAUGAUGGUCUCGAUAUAGUGAUGCAGACCAAUUUUUUUGGACACUUUUUGCUGACACACCUCUUGAUAGAUCUCUUGAAGGCAUCAGAUGUUGGUGGCAGAAUCAUGUUCAUAAUAUCAGGUAUAUCAAUAUUACACAAUUUGAGUGUAGAGGCACUACAUGCUUCGAAAAACCCUUCUUUUAAAAGCCUAGUAAUGAGCUAUGCCAAUUCUAAGGCGUGUAACGUAUUGUUUGCCGAAAAAAUGAACAGAAAACUGACGAAAUAUGGAAUCAAAGUCAAUUCUAUUGAUCCGGGACUAGUUCGUACACCAAUAUUCGACACUCUUGAAGGAGCAGAGGGUGGAAAGUCACUCAUCAGGACAAUCUUCCGGAUAGGAAAUGUUGUGAUUUCAAGGGAACCCAGAAUAGCAGCAGAAGGCAUCUUACACGUUGCUGCAAGCACAGAUAUUGAAGGUGGUCUCACUUACUUUAGAUGUUCACCCUUCCCAAAGCCAAGACAUCUCGACAACGAAAUUGUAUGUGAAGAGCUAUGGAAUGAAAGUGAAAAAAUAGUUAAACUAAGUCCGGAGGAAAAACUUGCAAGAAAUGAACAAAUUGAUUGAAUGUAGUGAAAUGUAUAUAUUUGUUAUGACAUCGGAACUAUUUAUUUUUUUGUAUACUUAAGUCGAGAUUUUGGUUUGAUCUUUUAUAUUCUUGAUGAUUUUGUACAUAAAGAAAAGUAAAGAAAAGCCUAUAGUCUUCAGCGUCUACAAAUA